AUGAAACUCCGCAAGAGACACCAGCUUGAGGCGAUAGACAAGUUCCAUUCUACGAUGAGCAUCUCCUUGGGCUAUUUUUUGUCUGUUUGGGGUUUUGUUUUUCGUUACCAAAAUUUGUCUAUUCGAAAGAGAACACUGUCACGUGACACAUCACUCUCUUCGUCCCAAAGAGGAAAAACGAGCGAAAAAGACGAAGACGACGUCGAUAAAACAUACAACAUACAAGAAACAGAGUCUAUAUAUAUAGAGAGAGAGACGGAUCGGUCAAGCGAGAGAAGAAUGUCCGACGGCGCCGGACGAGAACAUGCAGCGCUGGGGAUGGAAACGAUUUUAAUACGUAGUACGCUAGAUGAAAGGCGAGACGAAGGAUGA